AUGGCCGAGUUCGCCAUCAACAACGCGGUGCAUGCCUCGACUGGGCAUACACCCUUCUUCGUGAACGCCAUGAGGCAUCCACGCCUUCCGAGUAUACUCGGGGCGGUGCCUUCCUCCUUAAGUGGGGGAGGAUCUACGGUUGCGUCUGAACAGCCGCAGAAGACAGUUGAUACGGAUCUGAUACGGAUCUAUCAGCUGCGGGGACACGUGCGAAAGCGAGAGCCCGCACACGACAAGGCGACGUGCCAAGCCGGACACUGA